UUUAAUAUAAUCUCUACGAUAAAUAUUGUAAUUAUGUUAAAGAUUAUUAUAGCCCUGUGUUUGUUGGCUGGGGCUAGUGUUAAUGCCCAGCGUGUUGUUCCCGGUGUUAAUCCACAGCACUAUCAACAACCUGUGCAGCAUCAACAACAACACCCACAGCAUCCACCACAAUAUCAACAACAACAAGUACAUCCCAAUCAUUUACCACCAGGUGUUAAUCCACAACAAUAUCAGCAGCAAGUCCAAUACCAACAGGUACCGGUACAACAGCAACAACAAGUCCAUAUGCAACAACCUGUUCAACAAGUACCCGUUCAGCAAGUACCAGUUCAACAAGUUCCAGUGCAACAACAACAAGUGCCUGUACAACACCAACAAGUUCCUCAAGGCCAUGGUGGUCAUCACGCUAAUCAUGGACAAGUUUUAAAUGCUGCUAAUAUUCAACAUGAAAAAGAACACAUUCAAGAACAUUUGCACGUACCUAUCGAUACUAGCAAAAUGUCCGAAGCUGAAUUACAAUUCCAUUAUUUCAAAAUGCACGAUUCCGAUAAUAAUAAUAAAUUGGAUGGUUGUGAAUUAAUUAAAUCCCUUAUUCAUUGGCAUGAACAAGGAAGCAAGGAAGGACAUGAUGGCCAACAGCCUCAUGUGGAGGAGAAAAUUUUCACAGAUGAAGAACUGGUAGCUUUAAUUGAUCCCAUCUUACAAAUGGAUGAUUCGUCGAAAGAUGGUUACAUAGAUUACCCAGAGUUUAUGAGGGCCCAACAGAAAUCACAACAGCAACAACAACAACAGCAGCAGCAACAAGCACAAUCUGGUGGCCAUUAGUGUUGUUUUUUUUUUUA